UUCCUGUCCACACUUCCGGAUCAUCAUGGCGGCAUCCAUGGCUUGUCAGGCUGUUGCAAGAGGUCUGCGUGGGGCAAGUGCCAGUUGCUUGUUUCUUAAUAAAAACAAGUUGGCUAGAGUGAGCUCCCGGCGAUGGCUGAACUUGCAGGAGUACCAGAGCAAGAAGCUGAUGCAGGAGAGCGGAGUGACGGUGCAGCGCUUCUUCGUGGCCGACUCCGCCCCCGAAGCCCUGGAGGCCGCCAAGAGGCUAAAUGCUAAGGAGAUUGUGCUGAAGGCACAGAUUCUGGCAGGCGGACGUGGGAAGGGCAUGUUCGACAGUGGCCUUAAGGGAGGAGUGCACUUGACCAAAGACCCAGCAGUGGUGGGAGAACUGGCCAAUAAGAUGCUCGGCUACAACCUCACCACCAAACAGACACCAAAGGAGGGAGUCAAAGUCAAGACGGUGAUGGUGGCCGAGGCCCUGGACAUCACCCGGGAGACGUACUUCGCCAUCCUCAUGGACCGCGCUUGCAACGGCCCGGUGAUGGUGGGCAGUCCGCAGGGCGGCAUGGACAUUGAGGAGGUGGCCGCCAACACCCCAGAGCUGAUUUUCAAGGAAGUCAUAGAUAUUUUUGAGGGGGUACGAGAUGACCAGGCACUGCGUAUGGCAGCUAAUUUGGGUUUCAAAGGACAUCUGGAGAGACAGGCAGCGGAUCAGAUUAAGAGGCUCUAUGAUCUGUUCCUGAAAGUCGACGCCACUCAGGUCGAAGUCAAUCCUCUGGGCGAGACUCCCGAAGGACAAGUGGUGUGCUUUGAUGCUAAAAUCAACUUUGACGACAAUGCCGAGUUCAGACAGAAGGCCAUCUUUGCCAUGGACGACAUGACAGAAAGCGACCCCACUGAGACCGAGGCCGCAAAGUAUGAUCUCAAGUACAUUGGAUUAGAUGGAAAUAUCGCUUGCUUUGUGAAUGGUGCUGGCCUUGCCAUGGCAACCUGUGACAUCAUUGACCUCCAUGGAGGCAAGCCUGCCAACUUCCUGGAUCUGGGGGGUGGCGUGAAGGAGAACCAAGUGUACCAGGCAUUCAAGCUCCUCACUGCCGAUCCAAAGGUGGAGGCCAUACUGGUGAACAUCUUUGGGGGGAUCGUGAACUGUGCCAUCAUCGCCAACGGCAUCACCAAGGCGUGCCGGGAGCUAGAGUUGAAGGUGCCUCUGGUUGUGCGUCUAGAAGGGACCAACGUUACGGAGGCAAAACGCAUCCUCUCAGAGAGUGGGCUGCCCAUCACCUCUGCUGAGAACCUGGACGAUGCCGCUAAGAAGGCCGUGGCCAGCAUCAGAAAGUAGAGGCUUGACCGCCAUCACCCACACACACACAAUAUCGUUUUAGUUUUGCAAAUUCAUUGGGUUAGCUCAGAUUGGUCUACACCACUUCACCUUGUGUAUUUGUUUUGAUUCAUAAAUAACGUUUUGUUCAAUGUUCAGUAUUUCGUUUACUCUGCCUGUUCAUGAUGUCUCAAACAGUGCUGCAGUAAGGUUCUCUUUAUGAAACAUGUGUCUUGCCACUUCACCAAAAUUCACAAAUGAAGAGAGAAAAACGGUGUGUAGUUUUUUUAGAAUAAUAGGUGCGUUUUAUUUGCAUGGGAAGACUCAAUUUGUUUUAGAAAUUGGUGGUAAAACAUUCACCUGGAUUGUUAUCAAGAGUGGAGGCGCAAAUGUCAGCUUUGAAGGCGUACUGUGUUAAGCUAUAAUUAUCACUGUGAUUCAUUCUCUUUAGCAGCCCAUGCAUGGCCUCGCUAACUGGCUAAUACCUUAAACGUGCCGUCCAAUAUGAAAGCUGUCCCUCAAGUGACUCAAAUAAUUCAUUGCCUUGUUUCUUACACAUGUUAUAUGGGCGUUUUUUGUUUGUUUGUUUUGGUAUUUUUUGUCAUGCCUUAAUGGGAAAUGUGUGGGAGGUUAUUGUUAUCUGGUGAUUGGGUGAUCUGGUGCUGAUGUUAUACCUGGAACAUGUGAAGACUUUGCCAACUCCAUUGUGGGGUUUUUUGCCAGCCUGAGAGAUUUUAUUUGUAGGCUGGAUGCUGGAUGUAAAAGCCAGAACUAUUUGUAAACCUUGUAUUACCAGUAGGGGUGUGACAUUACACUCAGCCCGUCACACCCCUAAUUACCAACCCUCGGAAGCUGAACUCAAACCAGCUAUCAGCUGAAGAGAGAAACGUUGUCUUGACCUGAUAACCUUAAAUCAUGUGAAUUGCUUAUUUCUUUGUUUCGCUUCUGAUUUAAAAUAUUUUUUCUGGUGGUUGCAGUAUUUUUCUAAAACCUUUUGUAAUUAUAAGUGUUACUUUUUGACACAGAAGUGCACUAAUUCGUGAACAGAUGCUUUUUACUAUGCCUACAUUGAGAUGGAAGCCUUUGAAACAUUGAAUUGAAAAAUCAUUCCUCGAGGCCAUUUAUGUUUAUCUAUGUCUAAAUAACCAAUAUAUUAUUGUAAUUAUCUUUUUUUGUAAUCAUGAAUGUAUUUUAAGAAGCAAUAUAUAUGUCUACUUUACAAAUGGAUCGUCUUAAAAAAAGUUCCAAUAAAUGCAAAUAUUAGCAGAAUAAA